UCCAAAUUUUGAGAGAUGACUUUUCAAUGGUUGAGAUCAAUUCUCAACACUUCUUGGGGACCCAGAUAAAGGGUUAGCAGAAGAAGUAGAGUAGAGUAGCUAAGUGGAAGAGAGUGAUGAGUAUGGAGAUAGGAAAAGCUAUACAUCUCUCUCUCUCUCUCUCUCUCUCUAUAUAUAUAUAUAUAUGAAUGUAUAGAAGGGAAGAUAGAGCUUAUUAUUAUCUAUAUAUCUCUCUGCCAUUCUAAGCAUUUAUUUCUGCUUUCAUUCUCACUUUGACUCAUCAUCACUCUUCUACUUCUACUUAUUCAGAAGAACCAAAACCAUACAACAAAACACAACACAACAGAACCAACCUUUUCUUCUCUUCCGCUUCUGUUAUAUUUUUUUUCUAUGUAAAAAAGUGAAGAAAGAAGAGAAAAGGGUGAUAUGGAUUUGGUAAAGAGAUGGUUUCAAGGGUCCAAAUUAGUGUUGGGCAUGUUAUUGGUUCAAGCAUUCGCAACUGGUAUGCAACUUCUGUCGAGAGUCAUUCUUGUUCGAGGAACCUUUGUUUUUGCAUUGAUGACAUAUCGUCAUUUGGUUGCGGCUCUUUGCGUUGCUCCUUUAGCUUUCUAUUUCGAAAGAGUUAGUAAAGAAAAGAAAUUUGAAUGGAAGAAGGUUUUUUUAUGGCUAUUUGCCAAUGCCUUAGCCGGGAUAACAUCUGCUAUGGGAUUGUUCUAUUAUGGCCUCAGAGAGACAUCAGCUACUUAUGCCACAAAUUUUCUCAACUUAAUUCCCAUUGUCACAUUUGUCUUAUCCAUCUUCUUCAAAUUAGAGCAGGUGGAGCUGCAUACAAAGGCAGGUAAAGUGAAGAUUAUUGGGGCAUUAGUGUGUGUAGCUGGAGCUCUCACCAGUAGUCUUUACAAGGGAAAAGCAUUCUACAUUAGUCAUCACCAUAUUGACUCUCAUAUCAAUUCUAAGACAUCUGAUACCAAUUGGGCACUUGGCACUCUCAUGUUGGUUGGCAGCUGCUUCUCCUAUUCUUCAUGGUUCCUUAUACAACUCAAGUUCAAGGAAAUAUUUCCAUAUAAAUAUUGGGUGACGAUGCUGACAUGCAUUAUAGGAGCUGUGCAAUCAGCUGUAAUGGGUUUAUGUUUAGAUAGACGUGUAGCUGCAUGGAAACUAGACUGGAAUCUACAACUGCUGACUAUAGUUUACUCAGGAUCACUUGCCACAGCUGCAACAUUCUGCUUACUCACAUGGGCAAUCUCAAAGGAAGGCCCCACUUAUCCUCCCAUGUUCAACCCACUCACUCUGAUUUUUGUAGCUGUAUUAGAAGCACUCAUUCUUGGUGUAGCCAUAAGAACUGGAAUUUUGAUUGGCAUGGCUCUGAUCAUAUUUGGAAUUUAUUCCUUCUUGUGGGGACAUAGAAAAGAGACCAAAAUAUUGGCUGAGGACAGAUUAGAUAAUGGUGAAGGAGCAGGAAAGAUGAGAAGUGGUGAUCAGAUUGCAGCAGUGUCACAGCUCACAGCCAUUGUAGUGCCAAGCACUUCACCACCUAUUUCUCCAAAACAUUAACAAAAAAAUUUAAAAAAAAAUAAAAAAUAAAAA